AAAUUGUUAUAUUUUGUUUUAUGUAGAUAGGGAGAAACCAAAAGGCAACACACAUAUGAGGGACAAGACAACAAUUAAUCGCCUGCGCAUGUAUAAGAACUUUAAAGCAAAAAGAGAUCGUAGAGGAAAAAUAACUAUACCUGCUCCAUUUCAAACUACUCUGACAUCUGGAUCUGUUGCAAGAAUUGCACCUAAUCAAAAAUGGUUUGGAAAUACCAAAGUCAUUGGUCAGAAUGCCUUGCAGCGAUUUCAGGAGGCACUUGGAACGGCAUUGAAAGACCCUUAUCAAGUUGUAAUGAGGCAAACCAAACUACCCAUUACUUUGUUAAAUGAAAGGGCAAAGAACAAGCGUUUCCAUAUAUUGGAUACUGAAGGUUUUGAAACUACAUUUGGUCCCAAAGCUAUAAGGAAGAGACCCAUGCUGAAGACUUGCAAUUUAGAAGAAUUUGUGAAUGCUGCUGAAGAAUCUGCUGAAAAUUAUGAUGCAAGCAAAGAUAAAAAUCUAGUCACUGAGAAAGAAAGAAAAGAAGCAAAGGAAAUGAUUAUGUUAAAAGGGCAAUCAAAACGUUUGUGGAAUGAGUUGUAUAAAGUAAUUGACUCAUCAGAUGUUGUAAUUCAAGUUUUGGAUGCUCGGGAUCCUAUGGGUACUCGAUCAAAACACAUUGAAAAUUUUCUGCGCAAAGAAAAACCUCAUAAACAUCUUGUAUUUGUUUUAAAUAAAUGUGAUUUAGUUCCGACUUGGGUUGCUCAACGCUGGGUUACUAUCUUAUCUGCAGAAUAUCCGACUAUGGCAUUUCAUGCAAGCAUCACUAAUCCUUUUGGUAAAGGAGCAUUGAUUAAUUUAUUAAGACAGUUUGGGAAGCUCCAUGAAGACAAAAAACAGAUUAGUGUUGGAUUUAUUGGCUACCCAAAUGUUGGAAAAAGUUCUAUCAUUAACACUUUGAGGUCCAAAAAAGUUUGCAAUGUUGCUCCUAUUGCUGGUGAAACAAAGGUUUGGCAGUAUAUAACAUUGAUGCGAAGGAUAUAUCUGAUUGAUUGCCCUGGUGUAGUUUAUCCAACUGGUGACACUGAUACAGAAAUAGUUUUAAAAGGCGUGGUAAGAGUUGAAAACAUUCAGACACCAGAAGACCAUAUUCCAGAAGUUCUUGAAAGAGUGAAAAAAGAGUAUCUCCAGAAGACAUAUAAAGUUGAAUCUUGGACUGAUCCUGUGGACUUUCUUGAACAAUAUGCCAGGCGCAGUGGAAAACUUCUAAAGGGUGGUGAACCAGAUAUUUCAACUGUUGCUAAAAUGAUUUUGAAUGAUUUUCAAAGAGGGAAACUACCAUAUUUUGUAAAACCACCAGUAGAUGAGAAUAAGAAGGAAUCUAAUCAACAGGAAAUGACUCAGGCUGAAUCAAAUACAUCAUGUGAAAGUAAUUCAUCUGAAAAUAACAAAGAAGGAACAGAAAUUGAGAAAGGAACUACUGAAGUGGAUGCUAGUAAAGGUGGUAACUCUAUAAAGCUAAACCUGGAUGUCUCAGAACAGGAUUUUAGUGACCUAAAAGUAAAAUUUGAUUUUACUGAAGAUGAUGUUCAGCCUUUUGCUAAACCAAAAGAUGUAGAGAAUAGCAAAGAGGUUGAACAGAUUGUAGAAAAGGAAGUGGAAAAAGAUACAGUUGUUAAGAAAGUGCAUUUUAAUUUUGACGAAGGAGUUGAUGAAAAUAGUAAAGAAAUUUUAUGUCACAAAGAUGUAGAAAAUGCUGCAGAUAAAGCUACUAAAGAAGGUGUAGUACAGAAAAUACAUUUUGAUUUUGAUGAUGAUGUUUGUGAAAAUGCUGAAGUCUCGAGUCACGAAGAUAUAGACAAAACAACAGAUAAAGAUGUCAAAGAAGAUAUAGCUGUGAAGAAAGUGCAUUUUAAUCUUGAUGAUGAAGUCAAUGACAGUGAAGAAAUUUCAAAUCAGAAUAUUGCCAUGGAAAAAUGUGUAGGUCGUAAACCAACUAAGAAGAGGAAAAUUAUAGAAUCUGAUGAAGUUGAUCCACCAGGAAAAAAGAAAUUAACUGCCAAACAGAGGAGAAGACUAAUGAGAGCAGAAAAAAUAAAGAAAAUAGGAGUGCAUUUUUAUGACACAGCCAAUGUCAAAAACCGUAACAGAAGGAAAAGGCAAAGUUGAAAAGAAAAUAUAUUUUUACAUAUAAAUAAAAUUAUGUAAAUAUCUCAAUUUUUAACAAACUUUCUGUUGUGCCAUUAUUUAAUUUCCCAGAAUGCACUUUCCCCCCUUUAUAAUAUUAUUAUAUACAAAUGACACAUUUAAAGAACGAUAAAAUCAUUAGUAACAUUUCCCCACCAAUAUCCUAAAUAGAUUUAAAGCAUUGUUACUAACUGAUUAACUGACAGGUAACUGAUUAUCUGAAACUGAAUUUUUUAUUAUAACUGCUUUUGUCCUGUCUUAUGAACAUAUGGAGUGGAUAUGUAUAUAUUAAAGUCAUGAUAAAUCACUGUA